AAUUUGAUUUUCAGAUUGAUCACAAAAGCUGAUAGAAGCACGUUAAGUGACUUUAGAGAUUCAAUAACCGAAGGUUUAAGACGAGAUGUUAUUUCAAAUCUACCGCUGGAAAUUUCAUACAAAAUCUUGAAAUAUUUGGAUUAUAAAUCACUGAAUAAUAUCUUGUUAGUUUCCAAAAAUUGGAAUAAACUAAUAACUGGUGAAUUUUGGAAAAAUUUGCUGAUUAAAGAUAAUUUCAUAACCAGUGAAGAAUUAUUAGAAUCAACUUCAAAAUUGGUCAACAAUCCUAAUUAUUAUCAAAGCUUAUACAUUAAAAGAUUUAAAUUGCAUCAAAAUUGGACUGACCCUUCAUUUGAACCAAGAAAAAUUACGGUUCCAGGACAUGGUGCUAACGUUGUUACUUGUUUACAAUUUGAUGAUGAAAAAAUCAUUUCAGGUGCUGACGAUAACAUGAUCAACAUUUAUAAUCCAGAUAAUGGUGAACUUAUCAAAAUCCUUUCAGGCCACGAAGGUGGGGUUUGGGCUUUGAAAUAUGUUGGUAAUCAAAUUGUAAGUGGUUCAACUGAUAGAACAGUUAGGGUUUGGAAUCUGACCACAGGGAAAUGUACACAUAUUUUCAAAGGUCAUACUUCCACUAUUAGAUGCAUGGAAAUUGUUACAAAUGAAGAAACAAAUGAAAAAUUCAUUAUUACAGGUUCAAGAGAUAGUACUUUACAUGUUUGGAGAUUACCAGAUGAAGAUGAUCAAGGUGAAGAUUAUGAUGAAAAUGAUGUUAUUAAUCCAUACUUUGUUUGUGUUUUGAGAGGUCAUACCGCUUCAGUCAGAGCUGUCACAGGGCAUGGAAAUUUGAUUGUAUCAGGUUCUUAUGAUCAUACAGUUAGAGUCUGGGACUUGAAAGAACAAAAGUGUAAAUUUGUUUUGAGAGGUCAUACUGAUAGAAUCUAUUCUUGUCUUUUAGAUUUGGAAAGAAAUAGAUGCAUAUCAGCUUCUAUGGAUUCAACGAUAAGAGCCUGGAGUUUAGAGGAUGGACAUUGUAUUGUUGAAUUAACUAAACAUACAUCAUUAGUUGGAUUAUUAGGGUUAUCAUCAAAUUAUUUAGUUAGUGCAGCUGCUGACGGUACAUUAAGAGGUUGGAAUCCAAAUACUUAUGAUAAUGAAUUUACAUUACAUCAUGAUAACCAUGCGGCUAUAACUACAUUCCAUUCUUCUCCUAAUAUCUUAGUCAGUGGAAGUGAAGGUCAAUUUAAUGUUUAUGAUUUAAGCGCAAAAGGUGUGUUGAUAAGGUCAAACCUUCUGGCUGAUUCUGGUCAAAUUUGGUCCGCAAAAUUCAACUAUUCAAAAUGUGUUGUUGCAGUGGAGAAGAAUGCACAAAGUUUUAUUGAAAUUUUAGAUUUCAGUAAAAGUGCUUGA